AUGGACGAGGCCGAAGAACCUCACCGUAUCCGCAUCACCACGAGCGGCAAGACUGCUCCUCUAGCCCUCGAAGCCCUCACCUUCCUCAAGAACAACCCCACCCGGCCACUAGUACUGCACACGAUCCCCCUCGAACCGAGUACCAAGCCCGGUCUACAUCCCGCCACCCUCGCGGCUCCGCGUCUCGUCUCACUUGUGGAGAAGGUUAAGCGGGAAUACAUUGCGUCCCUCUCGCCGAAAAAAGAGAAGCAGGGCCUGUGGCAGUAUACCGAGACUGGACUGGUGGUUCCGGCGGAGACGGAGCGGCCAAGUCUCGAGCGCGUGUUGAGUGGUAAGACUAAGCCGAAGAUGACACACCGGCCGUACCUCGAGAUCACGCUUUCGACGCAGCCGCUCGGACUCGAGAAGGGGCGGAACGUUACGUGCCAGACGGUGUUUGUUGAGCGGCGGCGGGGGUCGAGGGGAAAGGGAAAGAGCAAGACCGAGGAAGGCGACGAGGAUGGAGGUGGAGGUCACAACUCAGGCGGGGAACUGUGCGCCGACGUCGGCGAGCCUGUCGCGCGCAUGAAGCGCAAAUCUGAAGUGACGGCUGUCUCGCCCUCUAAGCGACCACGUACAUGA